AAUCCGAUAAACGGUUUAUGGGCUUCCACUUUGCAAAACAAAGCUUGUCAAUCACCACCAGGCACAAAAGCAGCCUCCGUUUUUGAGUUGUUCCAUUCAUCCGCGUAAAUUAUGCCCACAACGAUGAUGGGUGAUGCACGGCGCCGAAGAUAAUGGUACCCUCCGUUGGCCGGCAGAGACCCCGCUAAUAAAAGUAAAAGUGAACCACGGCGCUCUCGCUACAAACCAUUACGGACCUUGAAGCGAUCCGAACCUGGCCACUGGUCACAGUGUAGUUCGUAACGGCGCAGCGAUGAGGUUGCAAUCGUUUCGGUGGGCUUCGAUGGCCCAGGGCUUCCUAGCAGUGGCUCUCGUGUUCACUAUAGCCCAAGUCGCGUGUGAUGUGGUGAUUUGCAAUUAUGAAAAAUUCGAACUGUACGAUAGUAUGUACCACAAGAAAAAGGACGAUUUCUGUGUAUUCAACGAAGUGUACAUGUCGGCCAGCAUUCGGUAUGGUGAUUUUAUGGCCAGUAGUUUGGAUUACCAGAAAAUUGCGUUUACAAAUUCAAAGUUUCCCAUUGUUCCACCCUCGCUUUAUCGAAACUUUGACGACAUUCGUGAGCUGUACGUAAGAAGAUGUUCGCUAGAAUCCUUGAGAAUAACGCGACUGAUUGAAAAGAUGUACGCCGGAAACAAUCAAAUCACCUCUGUUAUUGUGGAUGGAAACGGAUCGAAUAACCUGAAGGAGUUGUACUUGGAAGCAAACAUGCUAAAAGACCUUUCGAAUAUUACCAACCUACCAAACCUACAAGUGCUUGUUCUGGAAAACAAUUCGCAUCUUGGAAACAUAGAUCUCGCCGUAUUUUCAAGAAUGACAAAACUGUGGAAACUGGAUCUCGAAAAUGUUGGCAUGACUAGAAUCGUGAAUAGCCUUAGAUUAAAUCUGCAAGAACUGAAAAGGCUAGAUCUCUCAAACAAUCAGCUCACCUACGUAGACAUGCAGCUGUUCCAAACGUUCUCCAAAUUGGAGCACUUAUGGCUCAACGGAAAUAAAAUCUUCUAUAUGGAAAUGGAACCCAUCAGGACCUUCUUGCCGGACAUCCGCAGUAUAGUGAUCGAUGAUAAUUACUGGGGCUGUCAACAUUUAUCAAUUGUUAGCAAAUACCUUCUCGACAACAACAUUAUCAUCCGAAGUAGUGAAUGCAAAACUCGAUCAGUUCAUAAAGUGUGUUGUUCUGAUACUACGGAUCUGAUUGACUACCGAUACAUAAUAGAAAUGAGCAUCAAAUCUGAGGCGAAAUUCCAAACUGAAAUCAAAAGUCUUGAACAAGCAAACCACAACCUACAUGAAACUGUCGAAGGAAUGCGACUUCAGCUGAACACGCUGAUCCAAAAUUAUACGGGAAUGCUGGAAGAGAGGAAGAAUAUAGCCACUCAACCCCCACCAACGCUGUCACCAUCGUCUGAAUCUGCCGAGGACUAUUCGUACUACGAAAGCAGUGAGCCAGAGAAUGAUGUCGAAUUGGAUCCAGACGCGGACCAUUCGGCACAAAACUCUGGAGGGGAAAACUUCACCAUAACGGAGGAGGAGAAUAGUGCGGAGCGAAGUCUACCGAGUAAUAAAGUGUAAAGUGAUGGAAAGUUUUUAAUGAUCAUGGAUCAUUGCCAUUUCCGGAGAAGUGCGAUAAAUUAAGUGAAAUCUGUCGAUAAGCUUCAAUAUUGAAAAGUGCUGAUUGGAGUCAUAUAAUCAUGUCAAAUGAAGUGCCGUAAAUAGUGUAGAAAAGAUGUGUGUGCAGUAACCAGUGUAGAUCGUUGAAUAAUAAGCUCAUCUACGAGAAUCGAACUUAUGGAUACUUAAUUUUACCUCAGAUGCAGAUUGUAAAGGAAGCACCAGCAGUGGAAAUCCACUCGGUGAACGAGUAACCAAGUCAACGUGUUGCAAAAGUUCAAAUAGCGAUAAUUAUUUAUUUUGCAAAUUUUUGUAUAAAUUUAUUAACUUAUUGAAA